CACGUGUGUCUCGAGGCCCCGCGCCCAGAAGAAGACGUGAGGUCCCGUUCGUGCUGCCGCUUUUGAUCGAAGCUCCGCGCCAUGGAUGAACUCCUGGAUCAAGUUUCGGAGCCUAUCAUCGAGUAUCACUCGACAGAUACUGAACAAGAUCAGGAAUCCGACUACAGAGUGGACUACCUGAAGUUCACCAUAUUUCUCCUGUUAGCAUGCUUCUUGAAGGCGUUCCAGCGGCCUCUGCGAGUGCCCUACCUGGGCUGGCUGUUCCUGCUGGCAACGCUUGCGCUGUGCCUGAUGUCGCUGACGGGCCCGCUGCGACGAAGCAGCGGCCUGGUCAUUAAAAUUGGCAUCCAGGCCAUCCGCGCUUUCCUGCCGGCCUUCGUGGUGCACACGACGCAGGGCAUCAACAACUACAUCUUCCGUCGGUGCCACGUCGAGAUCAUGGUCUUCUCCAUCGGAACAUUCAGUUUGACCAUCGUGAUGGCUUCAGUAUACGCGUUUCACAGGGUAUCCGACAUAACCUGGAGCGUGAGAGAGUGCGUUUUCUUCGGCCUCUUCAUGUGCUCCGUCGAGAGAGUGCCCUUGAGUAACGUCAUCUUUGAUGAAGGUCGCUAUCCUGUAGUCGCCACAAUGAUGCAGUCAGAGGCCCUAUUCAACGCAGGCAUGGCAUGGUCCGUCUUUGGUUUUCUUAGAGGAAACGCAUAUCAGUACUACGACGUCCUGCUGUUCCCGGUUCAAAACCAGCUGGUGGCGGCGAUCGUGGGCUGCAUCCUGGGCGCCGCCACGAUGCGUAUGCUGAAAAUGAUCUCAUACGGCACCGACUCGGUCAUCGUGGUGGUUAUGUGCGGCACCUACUUCACCUUUUUCGUGCUCGAGUCGGUCAGUAGCUCGGGCGUGACCGGCGUCAUCGUCUACACCAUGGUGGUCACUUCGGACCGACUCAUCUCCUGCUCCGAGCUCGAAAGCUCGCUCCAGUCGUACUGGGCGGUGUUAUUGGACUGGACUGCGACAAUGACCACUUUCAUCUGUGCGACGUUCACAGCCUACAUGCUUGUCUACUACUUCCGCACCUACGACUGGCCGGACAUAUUACUCAGCUACGUCGCCAAGAUGAGCAUGCGGUGCCUCGCGGUGUUGAUGCUAUACCCGGUCAUCGGUCACUUCGGCUACCGCAUCACUGCCAAGCAAGCAAUCGUGCUGGCCGGCAUGGGCCUCAAGGGCACCUACAUCGUCUCUCUUGCCACUCUCUACCACAUCACGUACCAGGACAUCCACACCGAGACCCUAACUAAGUCUUUUAUGUACGUCACCUCGGACAUGGUGCUCACGCAGUUCAUAAACGCCUCCCUCGUUCCGUUCCUGCUCAAGGUGCUCGGCAUCCUCGACGUGUCCGAGGUGGAGUGGCAUACGAUGAAGGACGCCGUAGCGUACCUGCAGGAAGCGGUGGACGUGGCGGCCCACGUGAGCCGCAAUAACCCGUACUUCCUGGUCGCGGACAAGAAGUGGGUCUUGCGCAACACUCGCAUCCGGAAUCCGCUCGACAUCAUGCAUAGAUACAAGAGCACCGACAAGGCCCACUGGCGCAGCUCCCGCAGGAGAUACCACGCCGAGAUCCUCGCGGUCGAGAACGUCCUCCGCAUAGAAUCGGUGAGCUACAGUCGGCAGCACAGACAAGGAGUAGUCCAAAAGCAGACCAUGAUGGCCCUUCUAGCGGCACUCCAGUAUCCAUACGACAAGAAAAUGUACCUGGACAUCGACAUCAUCAGCUCACUUGUCGAUAUUCCGCAAUGGAUUCUCUGGGUGAAGGACCGGCUGGGCGAGCCACUCCACGAGGAAACCGAGCUGGACGACGACUCAGUGUCUCAGUCGGAGAAAUUGAUCAAGCCGCUCAAUGAACGCCUCAUGGACCUGUUCGAGCACGACUGCUACGAGGUCAUCAUCACCAACACGACUCUGGCAUUCGUGCUGCUCCUGGUGGGACUUCUGCGCGCCGCCAUCUACAGCCACGUGCGAUUCUUCACAAUCGCCAUGAUGGUGGAGUUCAUCUACCAGGUGGCCUUCUUCGUCGAGGUCGUCACCAUGCUCCUUCUGAUACAAUGUGCGGAGCUGAUCCACAGGACCCUGGAUGCUGUCAUCUACUCGGCGUACGAAGCGGGUCAUGCCAUAGUCAUCGGCGAAGAGGAGGUCCAGAGGAACGUCUGGAAGUUCGUGGAGUCGGCAGACAUUGCCAUGGAGAUACGUGGCCGCGCCACGCUCAACCGACUGCUUGUCCUCCAGAAACUCGCGGAGAUGCAGUCUCGCUUCCCAGGAAUAAUGGUUUCGUUCCGGAGCCGCCAGGCAAGCACAACGAUACUUAACGACCUGAGCAAGCAAAUCAGCGAGAUGCAGCGUGACGGCGUUCUCGACUCUGAAGACUACGCGAGUCUGCGCUUGGGACCCUGA